AUUGUGCUUUGCUGCUUCAGAGUGUAGCAGUGGACGAGCAUCGCACUCUGCUUUACUUCGAUCUGUUCUUUAAAGAACGCUAACACUGUCCUUUCACAUUUCUCAUGUCUGCAAUUUAGCUCUUCUGAUAAAAAAGGCGAAAACUUUGGUGUCUCCCACCAAACCAUUCUUCUGCCAUUACGCAUCUGUGAUCUUCUUUCUCACUCCUUUAACUCCCAUUGUGCGCCUGCUUUAAAUGACAGAAUUUCAGAAUUGAUCAGAGAUAAAUGGCGCUGGAGCUGUUGUUUUUCCUGAUAAUUAAGCUACAUUUAGUUGUCAGUGCUACACAUUUUCAUGGAUAUGAAGGCAUCAAUCAACACCACUCCAGAAGCCACGCAAGUAUUGCUCUUCCCCCAACCAAGUCAUCUUAUGGAGUUCCUGAAAGUAUUGCACUUCCACCUUCUAAGUCAUUAUCUAAGGCUCCUAUAAAGGAACGGACACAUGGUUUAGUAGGUCCUCCAAUAUUACAUCAUAUGCAUCACCAUUCCAGAAGAAAGUUCAGUAAACCCGCACCAGAGCCAACUUACUCAGUUCAUCCACCUGCCUACAGUCAUCAAGGUAUAGGUCCUUCUGUUUUCCAACCACAACCUCCUAUCUCUUCAUCAGCAGGCUGGAAAUUACCUGCGCCUGCACCAUCACCAGCAGGUCUAUCAGGCCACUUGAAUGUGCCCUCUCCUUCACCGGGAACUACACCUCGGGGUUCGCCAUUGAGGAAGACGAAGACUCCACCAAGAGGACCUGUCUUGGGUCUGCCACCUCCACCUCCCAAUAAGGACUGUAUAUGGGUGACUUGCUCAGAGCCCUUCACAUAUGCACCUCCUGGAUCACCUUGUGGUUGUGUAUGGCCACUUCAAGUUAAGCUUCGCCUUGGUAUUUCAAUAUACAAGUUCUUUCCUUUGGUCUCGAAGCUAGCUGAGGAAAUUGCUGCCAGUGUUUUACUGAAUCAUAACCAGGUUCGCAUUGUGGGAGCUGAUGAAGCUAGUCAACAACUGGAGAAAACUGUUGUUCUUGUAAACUUGGUACCCACAGGAUCAAGAUUUGAUGACGCAACAGCAUUUUCAAUAUAUAAGAAGUUCUGGCACCGGGAGAUCCACACGGAUGCUUCCCUUUUUGGUUCCUGUGAAGUACUUUAUGUCCAUUAUCCAGGUCUUCCACCUUCUCCACCUUCAGUUCCCCCAAACAUUGAUAGCCCAUUAUUCCCCGGUGAUGACAACAAUGGAACAAUGAUGAAACCUUUGGGAGUGGCUAUACCGAGGAAAGCAAAGCCAGGGAGUGGAAAAACUAUGACUUUAGUAAUUGUGCUGUCAUCUUUUACAGCUCUUAUUAUACUUGUUGGAUUUGCAUGGCUUUGUCUAACGAGAUGUGGCCCUUGUGUUCAUGAGAGUAAACAAAUUCCAAACGCAAUUCCAUCCUCUUCAAAACUAUCAGGGAAUGCCAGGUCUUUGACUAAUCGAAACAUGCCAGGAUUUGGUUCAACAACCUUAAGUUCUAGAACAAUAACUUAUACAGGAUCUGCCAAGAGUUUUACUCUGAAUGACAUAGAGAAAGCAACUAACAACUUUGAUGCGUCAAGAAUAUUAGGAGAAGGGGGCUUUGGGCCUGUUUAUAAAGGGGUUCUAUAUGAUGGAAGGGAUGUGGCUGUGAAGAUUCUCAAGAGAGAUGAUCAGCGUGGUGGCCGUGAAUUCUUAGCAGAAGUUGAGAUGCUUAGCCGUCUCCACCAUAGAAAUUUAGUUAAAUUGAUAGGUAUAUGCAUAGAGCAACAGAGUCGGUGCCUAGUCUAUGAGCUUGUCCCUAAUGGAAGUGUGGAAUCCCACUUACAUGGUGCCGACAAAGAAACUAAUCCACUUGAUUGGAAUGCCCGGAUGAAGAUUGCACUUGGUGCAGCUCGCGCCUUGGCUUAUCUGCACGAAGAUUCAAAUCCAUGUGUCAUUCAUCGGGACUUUAAAUCCAGCAACAUCUUGUUGGAACAUGAUUUUACACCCAAGGUUUCAGAUUUUGGAUUAGCAAGAACUGCCCUGGAUGAGGGAAACAAGCACAUCUCCACACACGUUAUGGGAACAUUUGGCUACCUAGCACCAGAAUAUGCAAUGACAGGCCAUCUUCUGGUCAAAAGUGACGUUUACAGUUAUGGAGUUGUACUUCUUGAGCUCCUAACUGGAAGAAAGCCUGUAGAUUUCUCACAACCCCCAGGUCAAGAAAACCUUGUUACUUGGGUUCGUCCACUUCUCACAAGUAAGGAGGGUUUACAAAUGAUCAUAGACCCGGUUAUAAAGCCUGAAAUCACUGUUGAUUCCGUUGUAAAAGUGGCAGCAAUUGCAUCAAUGUGUAUUCAAUUGGAAGUCUCCCAACGCCCAUUCAUGGGUGAAGUUGUUCAGGCUUUGAAGCUGGUAUGCAGCGAGCUUGAGGAAACAAGCACAAGAAAAUCAAGGAGUUUCCGAGAAGAGGGCCUCCAAACUAAAGUAGAUGAACAACCUUCAAGAAUUUCAGCUGAGAUAGUGGAUUUUCCAGAUCACGAGACCAAAGUAACAUUAUCAACGUCAGAGUUUUUCAGCACAUCAGGCCAGUGUUUUGAGUCAUUCGGGAGGCAUUCCACUUCAGGGCCUCUCACUACAGGAAAGAAAAAGCAGUUCUGGCAGAAUCUGAGUUUGUCUCGAGGGAGCAUGAGUGAGCAUGGGUCUUCAGCUCAACGAUGGUCUGGUUCUCAGUAAAUUCUCAGCAGCAUGAUUUCAAUGUUGUUUCUCUCAGGUAGGCAGUGCCUACCAUGUUAUUUAUAGGUCAUACUUGCAAAUGAGAAAGAGUAAAUGUACAACUUAGAUGUGAUGGAGCCUCUUAGAACUUGUGUGCCUACCUUAGUUGUGAGUAUGGUCCAUCAAUAACAUUGUAGACACGGCCUAUUGAGCUUUUGAAAGCAACUACGAGAAACAUGUUCUUUUUU